GCAGGGCACUAAGCUGCUCUCUUGAGGGCCUCUGAGCCGAGAAUCACAGAGAACUCUGCACAUGCCCUGGACCACCCGGAUUCUGGGAGGGAAGGAGGACAGCUAGCCAGCCAGGGGCCUGUGCUCAGCUUGCGAAGGGUUAAAUCGACCAGAGCCGGAGUCCUAGAGAGGACAGGAAGUAGAGAGGCGGGGCUGGCUCUGCAGAGCAGGAUCCCCUCCCUCCGUGCCCAGUCCCGUCUUUUGUCUCUUGUCUUCUCUAUUCGCUGCCUCGGUUUCCCUCCUGGGAAGAAUCCGGACCCUGCAGCUUGGUUUGGCUUCUUGACUCCUCAGGAAGGAUGAAAGAGAUGGAUCCUGCAAAGCUCGUAAGGAUGGAUGGGGGAAGAUGGAUGGUUGAUCUGGUCAGGUUGUCUCCUGCAUCCCUUCGCACAAUCUCUGAGUGUUCCCUCCCAGGGACCUCUGAGAGAUCUGAUGGUGAUGAAUUGGAAGGGAAGAACAAGGGGGACCACAACAGAAUUCACAUAGCAGAGAAGUCAGAUAAAUAUACAAAGUGCGGAGAGAACAUCUGCCAGAGCCCCCAGUCCACCUCACAUCAAGGAAAGAGCUUUGUUCGGAGGGAUAGAAUCUCUUCACAUGAAAAAACUAACAGCGGAGAGAAAUUGUAUCAGUGCAGAGAAUGUGGGAAGAGCUUCAAUCACCGUCAGAAUCUGACUUGCCAUCAAAGAAUUCAUACAGGGGAGAAACCUUAUCAGUGCUUGGAAUGUGGAAAUAACUUCCGUCGGAAGGAACAUCUCACUUCCCAUCAAAUAAUUCAUACAGGGCAGAAACCCUAUGAGUGCUUGAAGUGUGGAAAGAGCUUCAGUCGGAAGGAUGGUCUCACUUCCCAUCAAAGAAUUCAUACAAAGGAAAAACCUUUUCAAUGCCUUGAGUGUGGAAAGAGCUUUCGUCACAGUUCCGGUCUCACUUCCCAUCAAGGAAUUCAUAAAGGGGAGAAACCCCAUCAAUGCUUGAAAUGUGGAAAGAGCUUCAAUCAGAAGGUUGGUCUCACUUCCCAUCAAAGAAUUCAUACAGGGGAUAAACCUUUUCAAUGCCUUGAGUGUGGAAAGAGCUUUCGUCACAGUUCCGGUCUCACUUCCCAUCAAGGAAUUCAUACAGGGAAGAAACCCUAUCAAUGCUUAGAAUGUGGAAAGAACUUCAGUCAAAGUUCCAAUCUAACUGUGCAUCAUAGAGUUCAUACACGGGAGAAAUCCUAUCAGUGCUUGAAAUGUGGGAAGAGCUUUCGUCACAGUUCCAGUCUCACUUCCCAUAACAGAAUUCAUACAGAGGAGAAACCCUAUCAGUGCUUGGAAUGUGGAAAGAGCUUUCGUCAGAGAGGUGAUCUCACUUCCCAUCAAAGAAUCCAUACAGGGGAGAAACCAUAUCAAUGCUUGGAAUGUGGAAAGAGCUUCAGUCAGAGGGUGCAACUCACUUCCCAUAACAGAAUUCAUACAGGGGAGAAACCCUAUCAGUGCUUGGAAUGUGGAAAGAGCUUUCGUCAGAGAGGUGAUCUCACUUCCCAUCAAAGAGUCCAUACAGGCGAGAAACCAUAUCAGUGCUUGGAAUGUGGAAAAAGCUUCCGUAAGAGGUGGCAGCUUACUUCCCAUCACAGACUUCAUACAGGGGAGAAACCAUAUCCAUGCCUGGAAUGUGGAAAGAGCUUCAGGUACAUGCAGGGUCUUAGUUUGCAUCAAAAACUUCAUACGGGGGAGAAACCAUAUCAGUGCUUUGAAUGUGGAAAGAGCUUCAGCCAGGGGGGCCAUCUCACUUCCCAUCAAAGAAUUCAUACAGGAGAGAAACCAUAUCAGUGCUUGGAAUGUGGAAAGAGCUUCAGUCUCAGGCACAGUCUCACUUUGCACCAAAGAAUUCAUACAGGAAGGAAACCCUAUCAGUGCUUGGAAUGUGGAAAGAGCUUUCGUCACAGUUACACUCUCACUUUGCACCAAAGAAUUCAUAAAGGGGAGAAACCAUAUCAGUGUUUGGAAUGUGGAAAGAGCUUCCGGGAGGGGGCCAAGCUCACUUCCCAUCAAAGAAUUCAUACAGGGGAGAAACCUUUUCAUUGCCAUGAGUGUGGAAAGAGCUUUCGUCACAGUUCCAGUCUCACUUUCCAUCAAAGAAUUCACACAGGGGAGAAACCUUUUCAAUGUCAUGAGUGUGGAAAGAGCUUUACUCACAGUUCCUAUCUCAUGACCCAUCAAAGAACUCAUACAGGUCAGAAACCAUAUCAGUGCUGUGAAUGUGGGAAAAACUUCAGUCAAAGCACCCAUCUCAAGACCCAUCAAAGAAUUCAUACAGGGGGGAAACCAUAUCAGUGCUUGGAAUGUGGAAAGAGCUUCAUUCGGAAGGAUGUUCUCACUUCCCAUCAAAGAAUUCAUACAGAGGGAAAACCAAAAAAGAAAAAUAAUAAGGCAAACAUUAUUGAACAACCCUUACAAAACACAUUUGUAUAGAAGAAAGGGCAAGAGAGUAACUAAAAAUACCCUUUAUCACAUUUGUACCAUAUAUAUCAUAUCAUUUGUCAACACAUAGAAAGGUGGGCUCCCCCAGCUCUCCCCUGGGUGCCCCCCCUUCUCCAAAAAAGAAAAAUAAUAACGCAAAUGAUUUUGGUUAGUUCAGGAUGAUGACAUUGGGUUGAAACUAUUAAGAUUGCUGCAAUCCUUUGAUUGGUGAAUAGGAAUGAUGUGCAAUUUGCCAUUCCAUCCAAAAAAAACCCUAGAAUAAAAUAUAAAUUACUUAUUGAUCGGAGAAAGAGAGGUAGAUUUGACCUACCUGACCUGGAAUUAUAUCAUGCUGCAGCAGUUCUGACCUGCUUAAGGGAGUUAAAGGACGCUGAUGUGUUAGAUAUGGAGGACGUAGGCACUCGAUUUGGAUGGUUUGCAUACCUAAUAGAUGAAAAGGAGAGAGUCCACAUGGGUUUUAUAAGGAAAUCAUUGUAUAAAAUAUGGAUGAAAUAUAAAGGGAUUCUAGAACCCAAAACACCUUGGUGGACCUCACCUUAGAAAUCAUGACUAAAGAGAAAGAAUAUGAAUAACAACUGGGCAACAUAUAAGGAUUACUGAAAGAGGAAAAUAAUAAACUUAAAUUGAAAGGAUAUAAGGAAGUUAAGAAAUAUUUGAACAAGUGGCUGCAGUUCUUUCAAAUCAGAGAUGACAAAAGAGAAAGAAAAAGGAUUUGAGAAAGAAAUUUCAAGAUUGGAUGAGUACUUACUCCAAUCUAAAAGUAAACAUAUUUCCAAACUAUAUGAUUUGCUCCUAGAAUGGGAGGUAAAGGUGAAGUGAAGAUAGCGAUGGUAAAGUAGGCCCAGGAUUUAGGGGAAAAUAUGAUGAGCUAAUGGGAACUGCUGUGAGACAGGGAUAUUACAUUUACGGCAUGCUACAAUUUAAGAGAGAAUGUAACGAAAAUGCAAUACAGAUGGUACCUGACCCCGGUUAGACUGGCAAAAAUGUAUAAAAACUGUAGUGAUGUUUGUUGGAGAUACAACAACGGGGCGGGAACCUUUCUACACAUGUGGUGGGAGUGCAAAGUGAAUAAGGAGUGGGCUAUCUUUAAGGAAUACAUCAAAAGCUAUGUGGAAAAAGUAGAACUUUUGACAGAUAUUGAGUGAAUCCAGAACAUGAUUAGAGUGAAAGGAGAGUAAAGUUAAGAUAGAAGAAGAGAUUAAAUAAAUAAUGAAAUGUGUUUAAGCCAAUUGGAAAAAUAGUGUAACAAGAACGGCUGGAAGUCAAGUCACUUUGAGGGUAUUCGUGUGGGGUUAGGUGUGUUGGUAUGUAUAGUAUGGGUAGGUAUAAUAUAAUGUAGGUAUGCUUUAUGUUAUGAAAAUAAGGUAUUGUGUAAAUGUACAUGUAUGGGUUCUAUAUGUUAAUAAAAUAUUUUAAUAAAAAAAGGAAUGAUGUGCAAUUUGGAAGUUUAUUUUAAAAAGCAUUUUAUCGGAUAUGGUUCUUUGCAGGAACAUUUGUAUUUCAAUAAAGGCCUAUAUUUCCACCUGGA